UUUCACGCAAAUCGGCCCAUUGUUGCUCACGACGGUGUGUCUCACUUCCUCUUUUCCUGUCGUUCAAGUGAUGACGACAGCCUGUUUUGCCCGCAGUAAGCGGUCUGUUCAAGGCACAGAAGCCUUCAGACGUCAGUAAUGGAAACAUUUCACUGCUUCUUCCAACUUCCAUUCGAGCUACGGAUGCGCAUCUGGCAACUUACAAGAGAGCCGCGAGAACUUACGAUUCGCGCUCAAGUCGAGCUCAACAAAUAUCGCCGUCACCCAUUAGACUACACGCUACUUUACUGCGCCUCAUCAAGUCCUAUCCCUGCCGUGCUGCAGGCUUGUCGGGAGUCUCGAAACCUGAGAUUGUACCAGAAAUCGUUCACAAGCGGUACAAUGCCACGUCACAUAUGGGUCAAUUUUGAGUUUGAUACCAUCCAAGCUACUUAUUGGGACCUAAAGCUAGUCAGAAUGGAAAAGGAAGUCAUUCGUCACCUCGCUAUUGAAGUGGAGGACGUUGAAUGCUUGUCACGUCAUUACCAGGAAGCCCUCACGGGCUUUCGGGUCUUAGAGACGAUGGCGUUUUUAUCCGACGAGUCUUUACGAGAAUGGGCUCAUGUGAUAGAAAGAAUAAGGGACACGAUGCAGAGUUUCGUCAAAGACAACAGUUCGAAACUACCCAGCAUCACCAUAGUCGAAAAGGCGACACAUCGAACAAUGAGUCUUGUUCACCGCGAGCAGCCCAUAUAGUCACAUGCUGGGAGGCUAAUAGAUGUGUUC